AUGAGCGCGGCCGACGCCAGGGACUACGUCUCCCGCCGGGAGAUCCCGCAGCUCUUCGAGAGCAUGCUAACAGGCCUCAUGUAUUACCGUCCUGAAGACCCCAUCGGUUAUCUGGAACGCUGCCUACAGAAAGUCCGGGAGCUGGGAGGUCCCGAGAUGGUACAGUGGGACACGUUCAUUGUCCAGGAUCCGCAUGCCGUGCAGCCCAUCAGCAGCGAGCAAUGCAAGCCCAUCUUCCACAAAGGAUCAGGCACAGGGGCAUACAACCAAUAUGAGCAUCUGCCACCAAUUGAGAGCCAGUUUUCCAUUGAGAGUGACUCGGACAUGACGGAAUCCACUGGCCUUAUCCAGGAAUAUGACGUAUUUGACCCAGCCCAACUUCGUCCUAAAAUCAUCUUCGUGAUAGGGGGUCCUGGCAGCGGGAAGGGAACUCAGAGCAACCGGAUGGCUUCCUAUUUUGGGUUCAGCUGCAUCUCUGUGGGCGAGAUACUGCGCAACCAAAUGAUCCAUCGCGCCACCAGUGACAGGAAAUGGGAGCUGAUAGCCAAAAUAAUUGCCAAUGGGGAGUUGGCCCCACCGGAAACGACUAUCGAGGAGCUGAAGCAACAGUUUAUAAAGCAGCAGGAUGCCAAGGGCUUCGUGGUGGAUGGCUUUCCCAGGGAGAUCGGUCAGGCCUUCACAUUUGAGGAGCAGAUUGGCUCACCAGACCUCAUUGUGUUCCUGGCUUGUUCCAGCCAAGAGCUCCGUCAGCGGCUAGAAAAACGGGCGCAGGAGCAAGGUCGUUUGGAUGAUAACGCCCACGCUAUUGAGCGCAGGCUGGAGACUUUCAAGCAUAACAUCUCGUUGAUUGUGAAAUAUUACCAAGAAAAGGGGACCAUCGUGCGGUUUGAUGCAGACAGAGAGGAAGACGAUAUAUUUGCGGACAUCAGCUCUUGUGUUCAGCAGCGGCUGUUCCCAGAGGGGAUGGAGGUUCCAGAGUCUCCACUGCUGGCUUCGCUGGACUCUCUCUUCGGCCCUGGCCGAGAGCCUCCAACGGAGGAGCACGAGGAAGGGCAGACUGAAGAGUUUCUCAGCUCAGAUUUCCUCAAGAUGGCAGCAGAAAAGUUGAAGAACCACAAAAUCAUCUUUGUCGUAGGGGGGCCUGGCUCGGGAAAGGGGACCCAAUGCGAGAGAAUUGUUCAGAAGUAUGGCUACACCCACCUGUCCACUGGGGACCUCCUGAGAGAGGAGGUCAGCUCUGGCUCAGAGAGGGGGAAGAAGCUUUCUGCCAUCAUGGAGAAAGGAGAGUUGGUGCCCUUGGACACCGUUCUUGAUAUGCUGAGGGAUGCCAUGAUUGCCAAGGCAGACGUCUCCAAGGGUUACUUGAUUGACGGCUAUCCCCGGGAGGUGAAGCAAGGCGAGGAAUUUGAGAAGAAGAUUGCAGCUCCCACGUUGCUGCUGUACGUGGACGCCGGCAAGGACACCAUGGUGAAACGUUUGUUGAAACGCGGCGAGACGAGCGGUCGGGUAGACGACAAUGAGGAGACCAUCAAGAAGCGCCUCGACACCUACUACAAGGCCACCGAGCCUGUCAUUGCCUACUACGAGAAGAGGGGGAUCGUCCGCAAGCUCAACGCAGAAGGCUCAGUGGACGACGUGUUCAAACAGGUCUGCACCCAUUUGGACGCCCUGAAGUAAAUCACCAAAGGACCCCCGAAAGGCUCUUUCCCCCUCCCUCCCCCCUUCCCCCCCCUUCGGCAA